AUGUUGGGAUUGGGAAGGAGCCUAUUGAGCUCUUUUAGUACUUUCCGUACGCCUCAGCCUCUUUUCACGAGACUGCCUCUCCAAUCUGUGUUCAACACCACUUUGAAAAGAUACAAGCACGAGUAUGCUCCACGAUACAAGAGAGUGAGAAAAGCCAUGAAGGGCAGAGUGACGGUGAGAACAGGCGGAUCCAUCAAAGGGAACUCGUUAGAAUUUGGUGAGUACGGACUCAGAUUGAAGUCAAAUGGCAUCAGAAUGACGGCCACUCAGCUCAAAGAAGCCGACAAGGUGAUUUCUCGAGAAAUCAGACCUUCGGGCGCCUCUUUGAUCACAAGAUUCACAUGUAACGUUGCUGUGUGUAUCAAGGGUAACCAGACCAGAAUGGGUAAAGGUAAAGGUCCGUUCGACCACUGGAUGUGCCGUGUACCAACAGGAAAAGUUUUGUUUGAGAUCCGGGGCAAAAUCCACGACAAGGUGGCACGCGAGGCGUUGCGUAAAGCUUCCGAGAAAUUGCCAGGCCUUUUCGAGAUCAUUGACCGCAACUCCAAGAUCAGAGUGAGUCCGACAGUGUUGGUGGACAAACCAGAGCCUGUCAACUACGUGGAGGAGAUGAACAAGACUCCAACGAAAAAGUGGACAAACAUUCAAACGGCAAAGCUUCCAGAGUACAGGCUUUACCGUGGCCGCUAA